AGUGAGAGGGAGAAAAAGAGAAAGAGAGACGUUAGAUUGGCAUGUGGUAAUCUGGCAGUGACCCUUUAAGCUUUGAAAAUCAAAUUUUGAGAAGGAAAUCAAAUAAAACCCAACCCCCUCUCCUCUCUCAUCCCCUCAUCUUCCUCAGAGUCACAGGAGGCGUUGGAAGCAAUCAUGGUUCAGCCUAGCCCACCUCACAAACCCCGCUGAGUUUUCCAUUUUCCUACUCUGUUCUCACCCAUCACCAAAAAUCAUGCUUCUACUCCUUGGACCAUAGAAUCAGCACUGGCUUAUUUGCUUGACUUCGCUUUUGGGUUUCGAAAACUUUGCUGUUCGAGAAAGGUUAGGAUGGAAACUUUAGUAAAGAAGGGCGGAAAUCUUCAAAAGAGAAAAGAUGGGUCUGGAUCUUUUGGUGGAAAUGGGGUUAGAGCCGAAUCGCACACCGAUUCGAGCACUGAGUCUAGAGAGAGCAGCGGUUCUUGCAGAUCGAGCACCGAGACCUCGAGUGAGGAAGUGAAAGCAAAAGGGACUUCUUCGCCGCCUCCGUUGGGUUGGCCUAUUCGCAAGGCUCAAGUGAGCAAAAGUUCGGCGGUUUCUGAUGUGGUUCAAGCUGAACAGAAACAAACCCAUUUGGCUGAUUCUAAAUUGAAGAAAAUGUGCUCCAAAAAUUCAGAUAUAGAUAUGAUGAAGGAAAGGUUUUCAAAAUUGUUGCUUGGUGAAGACAUGUCAGGGUCAGGGAAAGGGGUCUGCACGGCAUUAGCUAUCUCAAAUGCCAUUACCAAUCUCUGUGCUACCAUUUUUGGUCAACUAUGGAGAUUAGAACCCUUGCCUGCUGAGAAGAAAUCUAUGUGGCGAAGAGAGAUGGAGUGGCUACUUUGUGUCAGUGAUCACAUUGUCGAAUUGAUUCCCACUUGGCAAACAUUUCCUGAUGGAAGUAAGCUUGAGGUCAUGACUUGCAGGCCGAGAUCUGAUAUUUUUAUCAAUCUCCCAGCUCUGUGUAAACUAGACAACAUGCUUCUUGAUAUAUUAGAUACCUUCACCAAUACGGAAUUUUGGUAUGUUGAUCAAGGUGUUGUAGCCCCAGAUGCAGAUGGUUCUGCCUCUUUUCGCAAAACAAUGCAAAGGCAAGAGGAGAAGUGGUGGCUGCCUGUACCCCGUGUUGCUCCUGGCGGCCUUAGCGAAAAGUCAAGAAAACAGUUGAGUCACACACGCGAAUGUGCAAAUCAAAUAUUGAAAGCUGCAAUGGCCAUAAAUAGCAUAGCUUUAGCAGAAAUGGAAGUCCCUCAGUCAUACUUGGAAGCUCUUCCAAAGAAUGGGAGAGCCUGUCUCGGGGAUGUUAUUUACCGUUACAUCACAUCAGAUCAAUUCUCUGCAGAAUGCCUACUUGAUUGCCUCGACCUUUCCUCAGAACAUGUUGCUCUAGAGAUUGCCAACCGUGUGGAAGCCUCAAUAUAUGUGUGGCGUCGAAGAGCUCAUGCUAGAAUUCCACCUAAUCCAAACCGUUCCACUACAAAGUCCUCAUGGGAAGUGGUCAAGGACCUCAUGGUUGAUGGAGAUAAGAGGGAACUGCUGGCAGAAAAAGCUGAGAGCCUCUUGCUCUGCUUGAAGCAGCGCUUCCCUGGUCUAACACAAACUACUCUUGAUACCAGCAAGAUCCAGUGCAACAAGGAUGUUGGAAAAUCCAUUCUUGAGAGCUAUUCAAGAGUUUUGGAGAGCUUGGCAUUCAAUAUUGUGGCUCGUAUAGAUGAUUUACUAUACGUGGAUGACUUGACUAAACAUUCAGAUAGAAUGUCAUCGGCUCCCACAGUAAGUGUAAUUGCUCACAAGACAGUCUCUAUCCCUUUCUCGGUGCCUGACUCGAGCACUCCAUACAGAACAACUUUUUCCACACCAAGCUUUUCACCUGCACCUCUAAUUAGUCCUGCCAGGGGAGAGAGAACCCCUUUUCUCAUCAACAACCAUAGCAAGCCUCACCGUCGUGGACUUGGGGUGAAAAGAGUCUUGACAAAUUAUCUUGGAGUGGAGACAAAGACUAGGAUCUGCGGCAACCCAACUGAAGCUUUAGCUUCAGCUCCAAAGCAAAGUGGCACAGAAGCUUUGGCACAUGAGAAAGAGGCGUCAGCCCACCAAAAUGGGACCAAAUUGCGCCAGGAUCGCUGAGGCUUUGUCUGUUACAGUGUUCUCAUGAUGUUGUUUUUCAGGGAAACAAUGGGGAAAAGAAUGUGAUGUAAUUAGAGAACUACAGAAUGUUUAUCAUUGAAAACCUUCUGGUCUAACCAAUUCUUUGUACUUAUUGAGUUGGGGGCAUUAAUGUAUUUGUCAAGAUUUGCUUUCGAA